AUGCCGCGAGGAUCAAUAUCCGGUACCCUCGCACCGCUACAGCUCGAUCCGCAGUUUGGUAUUGGGGACUUCUCGCUUGUAUCUUCCGACAGGUAUAUCUUUCGAGUCUUCAGCGAUGCUAUCUUGAGCAAAGGGAACACCGCUCUCUCCGGCGCCAUCAACACCUGCCUCCUCAUCCCCGACACGACCUCUUCCAUCGAAUUCGACCAGCCCUCGCCUGUCCUGCGCCACUUUUUGAACGCCUUCCUGCACUCGCGCAUCCCCGCAGCCUCUUCCCUCCCUGCCGACACAUACCAAGCCCUCAUUCUCUUCGCUACCAGUCUCAAAGCUACGCCGGUCAUCAACCUCCUCAAGCCCCUCCUGCCCGCAUACCUAAAACGGAAGCGCGCCGACCCGUACAAUAUCUUUCGGUCCGCCAUCGCCGUAGGAGACUGGCAGAUCGCAGGCGAGGCGAUGGCCAAGCAGUCCAAGGACUUUUACUGGAUGCGCGACAAGUCCGUUAGAGGUCCGGGAGACUUGGCGUUGGGAUGUAAAGUCGGGACGUUCGACGUCGACCCCGCGGGACUACCGUACCAUUUCUGGAUGGAGUUGCCGAAAAAGGUCACGUGGGCGAUGGUCAGGGCUUGCGCAGAGAAGAAGGACUGGAAAGAGCGGGGCGAGAAGUUCACUCAGCUCAUGAUAUACAUCGAAAACCGGGACAAGAUCUUCCCUCAGUACGUCGACAUGGAGGACGACGACGACGCUGCGGAUUCGACCCCGGACGCAGGGCCCGGCCCCGGUAGCUACGACUCUUCUUCCGACACCGACGAAGCAAGCGCUGCGAUCGCUCCGCUAGCGUCUCAAAUCAUGUCGCAAGGCUCAGUCCUCAAUUCGCCGCCCAAUCUCGGCCGGUCCGCCCGAGUCCGUCUUCGCGUGCAAGAACCGCUCUUCUUACCUGCCGAGCCAGUAACACCAACCAGGGGCCGGGUGCUGAGUGAUGACUCGUCCCAGGGCGCUGACCUGUUCAAGAGGAGGUAA